GGAGCUCAGCGUCAGGAAGUUAGUAGCGUGACCACGGGCCUCACACAUUAUCGUUAACUCAACUUUGUGCCUACAAUUCUCUACAUAGUUUUUUUUAAAACCUUUUCUUAAAUCAUCAGUAUGGGCGACGACGAAGAAAAGUACGACGGCAUGCUGCUUGUUAUGGCGCAACAACAUGAAGGAGGAAUACAAGAGUUAGUCAACACAUUUUUCAGCUUUCUCCGCCGUAAAACAGAUUUCUUCAUUGGUGGUGAACCAGGUGCUCCAGAAAAGCUCGUCAAAGAUGCCUUUGCCCACCACAAUAAGCUGGCGCUGAAGGUCCACAAAGAGAAGCAGAUGAAACAGGAGAAGGAAAAGAAAGAGAAAGCUGAAAGGGCAGCCAAACUAGCAGAGGAAGAAAGGAAAAAGAAAAUGGAUGAUGGCCCCAAGAUCCAAGAACUGACUGAUGAAGAGGCAGAGAAACUCCAGUCAGAACUUGACAAGAAAAAGAAGGAAGAGGAAAAAGCAGCAAACGCAACAACAAAUGCAGAGAAGUUAUCUGACAAAGCAGAUGAAGAGAAAGGGUCUGAGUCGGAGGGAGAGGAGGAUGCAAAGGACAAAGAUAAACUGAAGCCUAACACAGGAAAUGGUGCUGACCUGCCAAACUACAAGUGGACACAGACUCUAUCUGAAGUAGACCUUUCAGUGCCUUUUGAUGUAAAGUUCCGUAUCAAAGGCAGAGACGUGGUUGUGGACAUCCAGCGGCGCUCCAUCAAGGUUGGCCUGAAGGGUCACCCUCCUGUGAUCGAUGGCCAGCUCUACAACGAGGUGAAGGUGGAAGAAAGCUCCUGGCUCAUUGACGAUGGCAAAGUUGUGACAGUGCAUUUGGAAAAGAUUAAUAAAAUGGAGUGGUGGAGCAGGAUUGUUACCACAGAUCCAGAAAUCAACACCAAGAAAGUCUGUCCAGAGAACUCAAAGCUGUCAGACCUGGACGGAGAGACGCGUGGUAUGGUGGAGAAGAUGAUGUAUGACCAAAGGCAAAAAUCAAUGGGCCUCCCCACAUCUGAAGAGCAAAAGAAACAAGACAUUCUUAAAAAGUUCAUGGCUCAGCAUCCAGAGAUGGAUUUCUCUAAAGCAAAGUUCAGCUGAGACCUGUUGCUGUCACUGUCACAUAAUGAUCAAUGUAAAUCAUAUCAAGCAAACGUCAGGCACCGAUGAACCCCCCUUCAUCCGCUCUCUUCAAACAGGACAUGGUUAAGAUGACUGAUGAGUCUUAAGUGCAGAGGAUCCUGUUUCUUUUUGUUUUGUUAACACGGUUGAUGGCAGUUAGUCCCACAUUCUCCCGGUGCAUGUCGUCUCGAUAUUUAAACGUGUCUGGAUUUUUUUUAAAUAAAGAAAUUUAAAAAUCAAAAUUA